AUGCAAGCUUACCGAGAGGCUUCUUGCUUCCAUCAGACAUCAGAAUUGCUAGCUUUUGCAACUACAGGCACAGGAUGCUUGGAGUAUGUCAGCAGCCAGGCGUUAGACUAUACCCAUCAGGUAGUUACGGCUGUGGGUGCUUGCCGAGGAUGCUUCGUGCAGGCAAAACUGCGUGUGGGGGAGGCAGGUUGUGCUGCAUCUCACACAGUGAGUUUGAGUGGUGAAAAGAAUGAUGUGAUGCAGAUGUAUCUCCCAUUCUGUGGGAUUGCUAUAUCCAAUGCACAGCUAUUUGCAGCUUCAAGGAAGGAAUAUGACAGAAGCAGGGCUUUGUUGGAAGUAGUGAAUGACCUCUUUGAGGAGCAGACUGACUUGGAGAAAAUUGUCAAGAAAAUUAUGCAUCGGGCCCAGACUCUACUGAAGUGUGAACGGUGCUCAGUAUUACUUCUGGAAGAUAUUGAAUCCCCAGUGGUGAAAUUUACAAAAUCCUUCGAGUUGUUAUCUCCAAAAUGCAAUGCUGAUACUGACAACAG